UACGAGUGGUCGUGUUGGUAGUCACAGAAAAACAGUGCUUUUGCCUCCCUCGCUCGUUCCGGGUGUGAUAAGCACCGCCGAGGCCUAAAAGUCAGACACAAGGGUCAGCCGUCGUCGCCACUGAGGAUUAAGUGCAAAUUUGUUUGAAAUAAAAAUUGAUCUGUGAACCGUCCGUCACCAUCGCCGUUUCGGUCGUCUGGUCGAUACAAACGGGUUGGAUUGAAAUUAAGUGUACGAACGUGCAUCGAGUGUGAAAUCUGUGGGGUGGAAGCAAAUAUAAUUGUGAUGAUAUGCUGGUGCAUAAGCUUGAGAUGAGGGAAGGGUGAAUGAGACGCCGUACAUUCUGGGUUUCGUUCCAUGUGGAUGGUGAGAUGGUACAAAAAGUGACAUUCAAUUAAAAAGUGUCCCAAAAGUAGGAAGCGGAAGUCAUUUACUGGAGCAAAUACCAACGUCGAAACUAAGCCUUUUCUGCAGCGGAGGAGUGUGUACCUGAAGGAUUUCGGAUAGGAGGAUUACUGAGUUCUGAAACGUAAAGACCAUCGAUACAACUUCUUAUUCACCCGGACCCACGAUGCACUCUCGAUUGCUGAUGCUGUUCUGGCGUAAGAAACUUCUCCUGCUUGCUACUUCACUGCUCUUCCUGGUAGCUCUUUGGUUUUGGGGAUUUCUCUACACCACACACGUGACGGAUGGCGGUAAGAUCGUUUCCGUGCGGGAGCUUAUGAUGGGUGGAACCGGUGGCGCUGGUGGAGCCGCAGCACAUCACGAGAGCCUUCUGCAACGACUUGGAUUCUACGAUGACGCGUCCUCUGAUGAUGGGCAAGGUGCUAGUGGCGCCGGUGGCGUUAAGUUUGUUAGACCGACAGGGAGUUCUGUGAAUAGGAUAAGAGCGAAAUUCUUCAACGAUUGGGAAAGCAUCCUGCAAGAUCGAGACGAAAAGCCCAGACAAGAACCGGUCAAGCGCAAGUCCGCUGAAGAGCUUCGGAUAGCAGCCGAAAAGCAAAAUCAUUACGAACACGAGCUUAAAAAGAUGGGAGUUCCUGUCAUAGCCGGGAUUGGUCCUGGAGGCCACCCACCGCCUCUGCAACGCCUAGUUCAUCUGGAUCUAAAAGGCGCACCACCAAAGGUUUCCUACCUGAAAAGACUGAUGCCCAUCAUGAAGACUCUUGGGGCAACCGGGAUUCUACUAGAAUACGAAGACAUGUUCCCAUACAGUGGAUCGCUGUCUCCGAUUGCUGCCAAAAAUGCCUACAGCAAAGACGAAAUUUUGGAAGUCCUACAAACGGCCUUCAAACUGGGGCUCAACAUUAUCCCUUUGGUUCAAACCUUUGGUCAUCUGGAGUUUGUCCUGAAACUCCAGGAAUUCCAACACCUCAGAGAAGUAGAAGAUGCUCCGCAAGCUUUGUGUCCAAGUCAGAAUUCCAGCACGGUAUUCUUGGAGGAAAUGCUCGAUCAAGUGAUCGAGUUCCACACUCCCUUGCAAAAUAAGAACCUUCUGCACAAAGAAGACAUAGAAAAACUAACCCCCAAGCUGACGCAUAUCCACAUCGGUUGUGACGAAGUCUACCAAAUAGCCCAGUGCAGUCGAUGCAGAAAUCGCCAAAAAGAUCUACUUUUCCUGGACCACAUCUACAACGUAGCCACGAUGAUCCGCAAGAAAUGGCCCCACCUCAAAAUCAUCAUCUGGGACGACAUGCUACGACACAUGUCCCUCGAAACACUGCAGACCUCCGGAGUUGGUAAACUAGUUGAACCGAUGAUCUGGGUUUAUGCCGAAGACAUAUACAAAUUCAUCCAAUCGACCACAUGGGACAAGUAUGCCAACGUAUUCAACACUGCUUGGGCCGCAUCUGCCUUCAAAGGAGCUCACGGUGAAGCUCUACUACUCCCACCGAUAAGACGCCACCUGGAAAACACUCUCCGUUGGCUGGCGGUUAUGCAGGGAGAGGGCACUCGCUUCUCCCAAGGCCUUCAGGGUCUGGCACUUACCGGCUGGCAACGUUACGAUCACUUUGCCAUCCUAUGCGAACUGCUCCCGAGUGCUCUUCCCUCGCUGGCCGUCUGUCUUUCGACGGCAUCCCGUGGAUAUUUCGACGUUAAUCCUAAGACGAAUCCCGUGCUGAGCAGUUUGACCUGCCCGGAACCUACCAGCGAUCGACACGCGUGGGUUGAACUGCACAAGGAUUCUGCGCUGUCUAUGUUUUCACGGUGCAUGUUCCCGGGCAGUGUGAUCUACAGGUUCAUGCUCCGGCUGAUGACCCUCAUGACCGAAGCGAAGGAGUACAUCGAUGAGGUGAAGAACAGGCGAGGUUGGUUGACGGAGUACAACAUACGGCACAACUUUUCUUCGGGGACACGGGUGGAUGACUUGCUGGGAGAAGACUACCACCUGCUGAACUCGAUAACCAAUCUGGCUAGAAACGCUGCGUCAACACUUGCCGAUGUCUACGAUCACUGGACAUCCGGAGAGUUCAUCGAACAGCGCAUCUACCCGAUACUGGCCGAGCUGAAGAACUUGGAACGCAUCGGGGAGGCGCUGAAGAAGCGGAAAGUCUGGCCCCAGCGACCACUGCCCUACCUGAAGCCAUUCGACGCCCUUGGGAUCGACGAGAAAACCUAGCUGGAGGAGUACGUCAGAAUUCCGCUGAGGCACUGAAAACUGGGCGGAGUUGUGAUCGGUCGAACUGCAGGUGAAGCGAAAACUGUGAAUGAUCAUUUCCCGACGAUUCAUAUGUGAUGAAGUUUAGGAGCGAAAGUGUUCAGCAUACAUUUGUAGUUUUGAAGUAGUUGUAGUUUAAACGAGGAACAUUCGAAUAGAUCGGUUGUAGAUCAGGGUAGAGAACCGGGAAAAACGAAAGAUUCUGGAAAGUGAGAUGUUUAUGCGCUGAUGGGUGCUCUUGUGCGGUUGGAGUACUUCAGGUGGAAUGAUAUUUGCACGAUUCCUAGGAUCUGGAUUGACCGUAAAAGUGGUAAUUUCAUGAUUUUUGUCAUUUGCUUCAUUAGAGAGACUUUCAGCCUUGGGCUGGUACGUCUCUAUUCAUGAAAAUUGUUCUACUAUUAAAUUUUUAUUUUGACAUAAAAUAGGCACAUUUUGGUUCCCCAGAUAACCUGAAUUGGUCUUAGAAGUGGCCAAAAUUUCCCAACUGGCAUUACUUAACUCAUAAUUAAUACACGUUGUAUCGCUGGGGGAACAUGAACUCGUCUACGUUUAAAUUAAUUAUGCUAUGUUCAAUUAGACGAGGUAUGAGUUGUAUCCCGUUGAUUAUGAGUCUGGUAA